ACCAUUCCCUUACCACAAAGCAAAUAGCUUUCUAGUCAUUUUUCUUUCAAACUCUCCCUUCUCUUUUUCCCUCUCCCUCCCAAAAUUAAAACUCUUGUUCUCUAAGAAUAUAUGGCUUCUCCUACCAUGUUGGCCUCAACCCUUUUCGUCUUUGUCAUUAAUCUAUGCCUUUGCGGUGUCUACGGUGAUGGCGGUUGGACAAAUGCCCAUGCUACAUUUUACGGUGGAGGUGACGCCUCUGGUACAAUGGGGGGAGCAUGUGGGUAUGGAAACUUGUACAGCCAAGGGUACGGGACCAGCACGGCGGCACUAAGUACCGCGUUGUUUAACAGUGGAAUGAGUUGUGGAGCUUGCUACGAACUAAAAUGCAAUGACGACCCAAAAUGGUGCAUAGCAGGAAGCAUUAUAGUGACUGCUACCAAUUUUUGCCCACCAAACUAUGCAUUGUCUAAUGAUAAUGGUGGAUGGUGCAACCCUCCUCUACAACAUUUUGAUUUGGCUGAGCCUUCUUACUUGAAAAUUGCUCAAUAUCGUGCAGGAAUUGUCCCCGUUUCAUUUAGAAGGGUACCCUGUGUAAGAAAGGGAGGAAUAAGGUUCACAAUCAAUGGACACUCCUACUUCAACUUGGUCCUAAUCACUAAUGUUGCCGGUGCCGGUGACGUCCACUCGGUGUCGAUCAAGGGUUCGAAAACCGGGUGGCAAGCAAUGUCAAGGAACUGGGGACAAAAUUGGCAAAGCAAUGCUAACCUCAAUGGGCAAAGCCUCUCAUUCCAAGUUACUUCUAGUGAUGGAAGGACUAUUACUAGUAACAACAUUGUUCCUGGCAAUUGGCAAUUUGGUCAAACUUUUGAAGGAGGACAAUUCUAAUUACAAAAAAGAAAAAACCAACAAAAAUUUUAAGGAAAUGAAAUUAUUUCCUAAGAAAAUUUUCUUCAAGAAAUUAGGAAGAGAAUUUUAGAAUUAAGAGGAGUUUUUUUCCCCUUAAAUAGAUUAUGGUCAAUAUUUUUGCUGUGGUGCCUAUAUUAGCACCCGCUAAAGGCCAUUUUAUUUAUAAAUAGAUACAUAGGCUCUUGUGUUUUUUUUUUUUAAUUUUGGGAGUCUUUAUAAGGAAUGAUGUUUUUGUUGCCUGAUUUUAAUGGGCAAAAACAUCGGUUCUUUUUUACUCGCAACAUCUUGAUUUUAGCAAGCGUUGUAACUCUGUUUUACAUCCUGUAGUAUGAAUUUUUUAUCAAGGUAAUACGAAAA